ACCAAGAUACGAAACGGCGUACGCUUGCGAAGGGAAGACCCUCAAGAUCGGCUGCAGCGAGGGUUCCGUCAUCCACCUCAUCAGGGCGAACUAUGGAAGGUUCUCGAUCACGAUCUGCAACGACCAUGGGAACAUCGACUGGAGUGUCAACUGCAUGUCCACCAGGAGUUUGCGGGUUUUACAUAGCAGAUGUAGCAUGCACCAGAACUGCAGUAUAUUGGCCAGUACGAACGUCUUCGGGGAUCCAUGUCCAAACACAUUGAAAUAUUUAGAAGCGCACUACCAAUGUGUACCAGCCUCAACAACAAGCACAACCAACCGCCCAUCACCACCCUGGCUGAUCACCUCCCAGCCGACAGUCUGGCGGUCUACCGCUGCUCCAGUGCCGAAGAACCCGGUCCAGGUCCAGCAGGGGGAAAGGAAGAAGCCCACUGUCAUAACACCGCCGACUUUUAGGCCGCAUAUCACUCUGCCGCCAGAGGUGAAGCUGGGAGAUCUUGGGACUAAGAAGUCGACUACCCGCCAACCGGACUCCUCGUCAGAAAGGGAUCCACCCCAAGCCCCUCGGGAGACGGUGCCGGACGUGAAGGAGGAACCAAAGGCAGCGGAGACUGACAACCCUAGAAACGACAAGCCCAACAAAGAAGAUGAGAAUGUGGUGACAGAAGAGACAAUGCAGUGGCCAGUCAAGGACGAAGACUCGGACUCGUCCCCGCCAGUACAAGAACCGCCGAAGGAAAGCAGACCUGAAGACACUGAUGAUGACUUCGACAAGGCUUUCUCCACCAACCCAACACCUUUAGGGAGGCGGGCGUAUUGUCCCCAAGUCACAGCCAGGGGUCUGGAAUGGAACUGGACCCUGGCUGGUUCAUACGCGCUCCAGCCCUGCCCCGGCGGUGCUACGGGCCUUGCCCGGUGGAAGUGCACCCUAACUCCCCACCACUUCACGGAGGAAGACAAGCGGACGCCAAGGAGACGAGGUCCAGGUCUGCAGUCUGGGGAGAACUACCACGACCUGGGAUUAGACCAGCCGAUGGGACAGGCCUUGGAUAGGCAGCUCCAGCUGAUCAGGAGACUGGGGUCGGAAGCUUUGUUGAAAGGCCGCGAUGGCGAUAUCCCAGAGCACCUCAUAGACUACCGAGGGGGCGCCAGCCUGCCCGACGCCCAGGCCUCCAGCCAGCACCCUUCCACUGUGUCUGACUUCGCUUAUCCCGACGCCAUACCAGAGUGGUUUGGAUCAACUCCAGACCUCAGCGAGUGUCGCUCAGUCUGGCUCAACAGUUUGGAGGCGAGGGUCAGGGAGGGAGAAUCACUGCUCAGCAUCAGCAAUGAUUUGGCUCAGGUGACCUCCUCGAAGACACUAUACGGCGGCGACAUGAUGACCACCACCACCAUAAUGAAGAAGCUGGCCCAGCGCAUGUCCCACAACGUCCAGACCUUCCCGGACCCACGGCAGAGAGAAGCCAUCGUCACAGAUAUGCUGCUUGGGGUUAUUAAGACUGGAUCAAAUCUUUUAGAAGAAAGCCAGCGUGCCUCCUGGGCAGACCUCAGUGCGGAUGCUCAGAACCGAGCGGCCAGCGCACUCCUCACUCAACUGGAAGAAAACGCCUUCUUACUGGCAGACGCUGUGACCAAAGAGAAAACCAUCUUGCAAGUCGUGAAGAAUAUCUGUCUGUCAGUGAGGGUGUUGGAAGUCAAGAAUGUUGAAGACGAAACCUUUCCAUCUCUUAUCACGCAGGACCAGUGGAAAGCUUCUGAGGACACCAUCACCAUACCCAAAGCUGCUUUACUUG